UUUUAGUCCAGCCUUCCUUAACUGUAGGGGGUGUGACAUGCAUUAAAAUUAAACAGCAAUGAUCCAAAGAAGCUUAUAAAACAACUCGGAGGAAGCCAGUUACCAAUACAAGACAUCUCAAAUUGGAUGAUUUUGCAUGUGGGGACUGCCUGCAUCUUGAUAAAAAGGAGAUCUGUUUCAAUGCCAGCCACCAGCCCCAAGAUGGCGACGGCGCUGCUGCUGCUGCUGUUUUCAGCACUGGCUGGCCUCUUGGGUGGAGCCGAGGGACAAACAUUCCACCUUGGGAAGUGCCCGACCCCUCCUGUGCAGGAGAAUUUUGAUAUGAAUAAGUAUCUUGGAAGAUGGUAUGAAAUUGAGAAGAUCCCAGUGAGCUUUGAGAAGGGCAGCUGCAUCCAAGCCAACUACUCACUAAUGGAAAAUGGAAACAUCAAAGUGGUAAACCAGGAGCUGAGAUCUGAUGGAACUGUGAAUCAAAUUGAAGGUGAAGCCUCCCCGGUCAACCUCACAGAGCCUGCCAAGCUGGAAGUGAAGUUUUUCUGGUUGAUGCCGUCAGCUCCGUACUGGGUCCUGGCCACCGACUACGAGAACUACGCCCUCGUGUACUCCUGUACCACAAUCAUUUGGCUGUUUCACUUAGAUCAUGUUUGGAUCAUGGGAAGAAACCCUUAUCUCCCUCUAGAAACAGUGACGCAUCUAAAAGAUAUCCUGACCUCUAAUAACAUUGACAUCGAGAAAAUGACUAUCACGGAUCACGUGAACUGCCCCGAGUUCCUGUAACAGGCUCUAAAGGGAGGCUGCAUUCACCCCAUGUUCCUCCUUUUGAUUUGCCUUUUCCCCAUCCCACCCUCCUCUCAUAACAACAAACCAACCCACCAAGGGAAACCACUGCAAAUACUGAAGGGAAAUUUGAUGGCAGAAGCCGGUGGAGAGGAACUCAAGGAGAGUUGGCCCAAGCACUUAACCAUAUACUACCCUGUUACCUUGUGUGCCUAAUAAUAAACUUUUGCUGACUUGCUGUUCUCACAGUAAA